UUUGGCCAUGUCUGUUUCAUGUGGAAGUGCCUGGGCCAGGGACUGAACUCACACCACAGCAGUAACAACUGGAUCAUUAACCCGCUGAGCUACAAGAGAAUUCCAUGACCACACAAUCAGUAGCAAAAACAAUAAGAUAUUCAAUAAAUGACAGCAGCUAUAUGUAUAAAAGUCUAUCUAAAUAACUGGCUAUUUUAUGAAAACAUACUAUCCAGCAUAACCCCAUAGCAUAAUGAAAAUAAACUACAAAUGGUUUUAAAAGGUAAACACUUAAAAAACUGUUUACAAUCUCAGUAGGAGAUAUUCCUAAUACAUAAAAUCUGCAAGCCGAAAAAGGGCAUGGGUUAGAUAUUUGAGUAAAAAAAAAUUAAACUUGUCAAAAAAUGAUCUACAGGUAAUAAACAAGUGGUAGGUGGGAGAAAUAGAGCACCUGCAAAAGACGAGUGACAUGUGGACUAUAUACAAGCGCCUGCAAACCAAUAGCAAAAGGACCCAUGGCUCCUGCGGGGGGAUCAGGGGGCAUGCAUGGGCUGUCCCCCCUUCCCCUGCUAACAGCAGCAAAAGGUAGAAAAGUGUUUGGCCAAUCAGGUAACCAGGAUCAGCAAUGAACUCUCUGAGGAAUCAUGUCAAUCUGUAGCUCUUAUUACAGUGCAACGUUAUUCCUUCAAGUCUGUGAGUACAUCUUACAGAAUUCAUAAAACUCUGGAAGAGUCCUAUGGGGGCGGGAGUGCAGCUGCAGCAGGUGCCAGGCUGGUUGUCCCAUCAGGGUUGGGAGUGGGACUAGCAGGGUGCCCAGCCCCAGGCCAGGAGCCCCCUUUUCCCUCCUAGAAAUGGGUUCUUCAUCUGAGGUGUCUGGACCAGGGUUCAAACGCUGUCUCUGCCUCCUUCCAGCUGUGUGACCUCAGGCAAGUCAGGCACCCUGAGCAUCAAUUUGGCAAGCUUCUGGGGAUGAGGGGCAGCAUAAUAAGAACUAGUGAUAACUGAGUGUUGCCUCUUUGCCAGGUGUCAUUUGGGGUCCAUGACAGGUAUUAACUCACGUAAUCCCACGUCGGCCCUACAGGUAGGUACUGUGCUUAGGCCUGAUUUACAUAUGGGAAAACUGAGACAGAGGGAGGCAAAGUAACUUGCUGGAGAUCUCACAGCUGGGGCUGAUAUGAAGGUCAUCACUUGUAUUCAUUUCUUGCAAUGUGGAACAAUUCACUCACUAGCAGGAGAAAUAUCCAUUCACUCACUCAGUCCCUCACUCAGAUAUCUUAGUAUCUGCUCCAUCCCAGGCCCCUCAUUCAUCCGUGAUGAAUGAGUAGACACCAUUCCUCUUCUCCAAAGCUUUUAUCUCAGGAAGCGCACAUACUGUGGGUGGUACUGGUUGAGACCAACCAUAAACAAAUAACUAAGUGCUAAAUAUCCAGGAAUAAUGUUCCUUUUAGGAGGAAGAAGAUAAAACCUACCAGUGAGAGGUGGGAAGGGUGGCCUGGAUGGGUGAGGCGGGGAGGUGCAUGACAUCCCAGGAGAGCGGCAGGGCCAGAUCAAGUCUGCUGGCCCUGAAGCCCCUGAUGCCUGGUCUGGGGCUCACUGCCACCCUGCUAUAGUUCCAAGGCCCACUGGGUCUUGGGGAGCUAACCUGUCUUCCCACUGAGAUGGAAGCACCCACAGUGCUCACCCAAGGAACUGGGACAAAGGGCUAUAGACCUCGGGCUCCAGGGUGCCCUCUCUGGCCUGUCCUGGGUGUUCUGCCCCUCAAGAAGCAGCCCUUCAGGCCAAACCUGAAGCGAAAACUCGGAGAAGCAGAAAAGGAACCAGGCUCUGGGGAAGCUUCUCCAACCUGCUGCUUGAGUAACGUGUGCUAUGCAGUUAAUCCUUCUUCUCCUGAGGCUUUGCCCACAGCAGGCGCUGCCUCGGUUCCGAAGAGCUGGUGGCCCAGCAGCGGGGGCAUAGUGGCAGGAGCCACCUCUCCUCUCCCAGCUCCCACAUGCUCACAGGGUACUGCCCAUGGCUGCCCCAUCCUGAAGGAAGUGGGGCUGCUGGAGGGUCUUUGCAGACUUGGACUUCAAGCCUGGGGAACUGGUCUAAAGCAGCUGCGAACACCCUGCCCCCUCAGUUGGGGCCUGGCCCAGGGCAGGGUGACCCUGGGCUGCAGGAAAGAUGGGCUUCUGGGAAAGACCACUUUGUGUGAGGGGGCACGACCUCAUCAGCCCCUUACUCCACAGUGGCGGGUGUGAUACCUGGAGCUGAGGAUAACACCCCGAUGCAGGAGAGGAGAUGUCGCCAGCCUGCUGGGCAGAUGGAGGGGAGGAGCCUCCAUCCUUGCUGGACCCAGCCCCUCACUGUUGAGUCCCCACAGGGAGAAGCACCCACUCCACAGGUGGCAGGCCUGGGGGAGAGGGGAGCCCCAAAAAACACCCCAGGAGUGCUUUGUCAGCCCUGUCCUCUUUGUGGACACUCAAGGCUUUGAGGGCCGGCAGUGGCUCCCUCAAAUCAGGUGGCACUGUCCACAUGCAGAGCAGACUAGGUUUCAGGGAUGGGCUUCCUCAUCAACUGCCACGGUGACUCCAAAGAUGGGGGGUGGAAAAGUGCCCCAGAGCACGGCUCAGACCCCUCCCCAGGCCCCAAGUCAAGAGUUCUCCACUGUCUAUGGCUUCUGGGGUGGAAUGCUGUACCCACCUUGGAAGGCUUCCAACCCCCUGACCCAACCAGCCUUUCUGGAGUUUUCCCACCACAGCCCAUUUCCUCCUGCCCUGGGCCCUGGCACUUCCUUCCUAGUGCCACUGCCGGCCAACCGUUUUCUAAGGGGUCUCUACUGAUGGUCCAACGAUGGAUUUGGGGGAAGUCAGUCUUGUCGGCUUCAACACACACACUUUUGUACGAAAUUACCUUAUCCAAUUCAAAGCCACUGGUGGCUGAGGCUCACUUUAGUGAUAUUAAAUACACAGAAAGGAAGAGAAGCUUCUACCACAUAGGACAGAACACAAUCUAUCCAUUUGCAACUUGUGACCAUCACCCCUUCCCCAGUUUCCUCUUCCUACCAGUUUUCUGUCUUUCCUCCCUCCUUCACUGAGCUGGCUCUGCCCCUAUCCUGAACCUCUACCUCCCCAAACCCACACCCACACAACAAAUGCCUCAAUGCCAGCCUGAAGGGUACAAAUGCCUGGAAUGCAGCUGCUCUUGUUCUUCAGGCCUCUAAGUGGUGGGAACAGGGGGCUGGAAUCAUGCCCGUCCUACAGAUGAGGAGCCUGAGGCUCUGAUGGGAAGAGUCACAGAAACCUCAGAGAUGCCCCCCACACUAGGACCCCAGUCCUUCAACCACUCCUCCCAGUGUCCCAACCAUCGGAGCUGUCCACACAAGUGUCACCCUUCUCAGUAGGGCUCCACUCCUCCCCAGUGGUCCCAAACUUCAGCCCAGCAGGAGUUAGUGGCAGCACACAGAGAGGGAAAAGGUGAGUGAAGAGCAGCAACCACUUGCCUUCAAAGGUACAUCCAUGCCAGCAUUGCUGGGGGACAGUCUUAGCGCCAGGAAACACCUUCUUAAGGCAGAAGAUCCAUGGAAGAGCUUGGCUGAAGACGUGUGAAUGUGGUAUCACGAUUCUGGUUCAUAAGAUGUCCCAAUGCAAUCUUUCAGCGUGUCAAGUUUGUUAUUACCCGUACAUCUUCCUUACGUGGACCUUCUGAGAAAACAGGGGAUCAAUGGGUGUUCACUUGACAGUUGUGCAUGAUGUCCCUAGUGCUUAGAUAUUUUUCCUUUCUACUCGGGAAAACAGCACCUCCCAGCUCUUGCAAAUGGGAGCGACCAUUGGACUGAACAGUUAGUGGAUGUGAACACAAGUGACGGUCCUGGAGGCAGGAAAAGCUAAGGCUCACUUAUCCUGCUGAGUUGGCCAAGGAAGCCACACAUCCAGACAUGCAGGUGAAGUAGGGAGCUUUUGGUGGCCAGGACAGCCAUGUCCUACACCCACAUUUUGCCUGAAUGACAAACACAUUAUGUUGUUAGCCCUCUACCCAAAAUAUUUUCAACUUAUUACUGAGAUAUAAUAUCCAUACUGUAAAGUGCCUAGAUGUUAAGUGUACAGCUUGGUGAGUAUUGAUAAUUGUAUAGAUCAUGUAACCACUAUCCCAAGUUUUAUCUCCCUGUCAAUUUCAUCCCCCUUCCCAGAAAAGUGUUUUUUGUAGUUCCCAGAAGACAAGUCUUGCACUUCUUUGGCCAAAUCUAUUCCUACACAUUCCAUCCUUCUUGAUGCUAUUUUAAGUGCAACUGUAGUAAUUUCCUCUUUUCUAUGUUCAUGGUAAGGACACAGAAUUAGAGCUGAUUUUCAUACAUUGUUCUUAUAUCCUGCAACCUUGCUGAACUUAUUAGCUCUAUUGAGUGUGCAUGUGAACUCCUUAGAAUUUUCAUGAAUCAGAUCAUGUCAUCCACAAAUAGAGAUUAUUACUUCUUCCUUUCCAAUCCUUUUUUCCCUUUUUUGGCUGUGCCUGUGGCAUGUAGAAGUUACUGGGCCGGGCUUGAAUCCCUCCCCACAGCAAUGACAACACCGUAUCCUUAACCCACUGCACAACAGAACGCCUCCUUUCCAAUCUUUUACUUCAUUUUCUUAUCUAAUUGCCCUGGCUAGAAACUCCAGUGCAAUGUUGAAUAGAAAUCGUGAAAGCAGACAUCCUUGACUUUUCCUUGAUCUUAUAGAAAAAGCUUCCUUUUGGCUUUUAACAAGGACAAAGUAAAUUACUUUUCUACUCUGCCAGCCCUUUUCUUCUUCUCUUCUUCUAGAAGAAAGUCACCUCACACAACUCCCUCUCCACUCACCUCCUAUACUGGUUGCCAAGGUGUUGUUUCCAAAAUAAACAAACAAACCAACCUUUCAAUAAUAAUAGCUAUCAUGGAAUGAAUUCAGAGUCUAAGCUCCUGGCAAUUACUCCACGUAACGUUGGCACUACUCUUCUAUCAGCAAACCAAGGGGCCCAGUCUAGAAAGAGGCAGAGCUCAGCUGUGCACCUCAUCUCUCUGCUCUCUUCAGCACUGUGCUGUUGUCCAGGUACUGGAUGGCUCAACAGCCAUACAACCAGAGUGAGGUCACAAGGUUGCCUUCAGCUCCAAGGGAGAAGUGAACCUGGGGAGGGAAGUAUUUUUCAUUUCUUCAAAUGUAGGACUUUAUUUCUUGUUCAUUAUUCUGAAAUUUCAAGCCCACAGAACCAAUGAAAUAAUAUAAUGGAUUACAAUAUGUAUUUUACCUAGAUUCAUCUAUUGUUAACAUUUUUCAUGAAUCAUCUGAGUGUGUUGCAGACACUGACAUUCCACCUCAAUUAAUUCCAAAUGCAUCUUCCAAGAAUAAGAAAUUAACAUUAAUUCAAUAACAUCACCUAGGACACCAUUCCUUAUCUAAAACUUUCCCAGUAAUCUUAAGUACCUUUUUACAGUUUUGCUGCUGCUGUCAUUAUAAUCCAGGAUCUAAUCAGGAUUCACCUCUGUAUCUAACUGUUAUGCUCUUUCACGUCUUUUAAACUUGUUAGGUUUUUCAUCACAUUAGGCUUCUGGAAGAGCCCAGGACCGCUGUGUUGUAGGCCUCACAUUCUGGAUUUGUCUGGUUGUUUCCUCAUGGCUGGAUUCAGGUCAUGCAUGUUGUGACAACACUCCAAAGGGGAAGCUGUGUGUCCCUUACAUCUCUUGGGGAGGGACAUCAUGUCAAGUCCCACUCUUUGUGAUGCUAAAUUCAGCCAUCUGGCUAAAGAGGUGACUUCCACAUCGUCUCAUUCUAACAGUUUUCUCUUUGUGAUGGCUCAGAAAUCUGUGGAGGACUUGGGGGUCCUGUGAAUAUCCUGUUUCCUGACCCCCUAUCACUCAACAGCUUGUGGUACCAUUAAUAAUUUCUGCUUGAUUCAGGUAAUUCACUGAGGAUUGCAAAAUGGCAAUUUUUAUCUCACAGUGAUUUGCUGGCAUUCCUUUUUAAAGAGGUUCCCCCCCACCAAUCCCUUCUUACACAGCCCAUUUCUUUCAACAGAUAGACUACUGGAUUUUUUUAAAAAAACGAACUGUUAUAAGUUCAAUUGGUCAAAUUGCUAUAGUGCUCGUAGUCCCAAGUUUGGCCAGUGGGAGCCUAGGCACAAAUUUAUCUAACCAGGCUCACUGAUGAACUGGGUUCUGUUCUAAGGAAGGAGCCUGGGUAUAGGGCAACAACAAGUGGGCCCAUCACAACACCUCGCCUCCCUGAAGCCUGUUUCCAGGCCCUUAGACAGAGGAAAUACUCUCUCAGGAUGGUUUCCAGGGCAAAAUGAAUUGGUCGUGCCAGGUUGAGCCUGGCAACAGGUGCUCAAACCAUGAAUUUCUCUUCCCUUCCUUUCCUCACUACUGCCUUUAUUAAAAUCCUCACCUUUUGAUUCAUAAUGUCACAUUCUCUUCACCUGUUUGCACUUCAGUUUUCUCUGUGAUGUAGGAAUUCGCAAUUUACUGGGUGGUCAUGAGCUCUGCUGGGGUCGGUGUGCCCCCCACUUUCAGUCCUGUGGGAGUCCCAUUCUCUACCGGCAUCUGCACGUGGUGGGGGUGGGGGGCCACACAGCCUCAGAGUCACCUGUGGCUCAGACUCUUGUCUUACUCAUUUAGUUCAGUGGUUACUUGCUUCAUCAUCUGACUCAGAAAUAAAUCCAUCCCUUUCCUCGUUUUUUAUAACCCCCUUUUUCAGUCACAGGGUGUUCAGGAGACCUUGGAAAAGUGUGGAACAUGUGGUGGAUGCUGAAAGUGCCCCUUUCAGGUUUUUCACCAGCUGGUGAGGCCAUCUCCUGGCUGCCAAGAGCUCACGUAUGCCCUCUUCCCUGAGGGUGCUAAUGACCAUCUGCUGCGGGGGACAGAAGGUCAGCCCCUUGCCUCCCAGCAGGACCAAUUCUGGACGUAAUUUGUGCUCUGAGAGCCGUGGGGGUGACUUGAAGCCACUACCAGCUCUUGACAUCUUCGCUUUCUCCUGAAGCAUCCCCCCCAUAAACCUCUUGCACCACAAUCCCCACCUCAGCCUCUGCUUAUAGUGAAGAAACAGAUGAAGGGAUGGAGAGAGAUUUGCAAAUUAAAGUAUCCUGAAGGAAACCAGCUGAUGUCUUUGCUCAUAACCCCCCUAGCGCCCCUACCCCACGUCCAAGGCCAAGCUGUGGUCAUCUCGAAGCGUCUCUCUCUCUCUUCCACACUGUUCUCCUUACCCCUGCGUCCAAGUUCUAAAAGGCUCCAAAUGAUUCUUUUCUUGGAGCAGUCGGCUGUUUCCCAGUUCAUGAUCCCAACUCGGCCCCAGGCCCACUUUGGCGAAUCAAAGCCAGUCGGCAGCUCAGAGAACAAAUGGGCUUCGUUCAGGGCACGGCUGAGGGCAGGGCACUUCGUUCAGGGCACUCGGAGCCGCCUGAGUGUCCGUAAGCCUAGGACCACGCGCUGUCCUCCGUGGGCCUUUAGGAAGCACUGGAGCCGCUCACCAGGCCCGCGGCUCUGCCCCUUCCGCUCUCCGGCAGCGCUGGGCUGCUCCUCCCUCCGCCAAGCGGAGCCCUUCUUGCCGGGCCCUUGACCGGGGGCCCAGCACAGUCCUUCCCUCACAUCGCGGGCUAUUCUCCCCCAGAGACGGAGCUCCAGCUCCGAAGGUAAAGCAAGCGCCUCCCGCCAGCUUCUCGCCGGGCAGCGAGACGCCGCCGUUUUCCUCGGCGUCCAGGAGGCUCCUCAACAGGCCGCUCGCCGACUGUUCACCAUUCCCUCCAUCCCGGGUGUCCUCGGCCGGUCAGCGCUCCCCGGCUGCUCCGCACGGUUUGCUGACGAACCUGCAGCGCCUCGGCCGGUUCGGCGCUGUCCUUGCCCCCUCCGCUCGGCUCGUCAGCAGGCCUCCCAACCCGCGGUCCGACCACGCACAUUCCCGGCUCCUGCGCCUGGUCCAGCCGGCGCCGCCGCCAGACUACAACCGCCACAAUGCCUUGCGGCCCGCCCGCGAUUGGCUGAGCCCGGCGGCCGCGCCCAAUGGGACGCUGCGUUGUUGGCAGGUGGCGCCGUCCGGAAGAGCCGGCGCGCCAGAGCCGCCUCCCGCCAUGGGCAGCGCGGAAAGCAGCGAGGGCCGCAGGGCGUCUUUCGGGAUGGACGAGGAGGAGCGGGUCCGGGUGCUGCAGGGCAUCCGGCUGUCUGAGAGUGUGGUGACCCGCAUGAAGAACUCCAGCCAGCCUGCCAGAACAGGGCCAACGGCUCCUCCACCUGCUGCCCUUGGCUCCUCCAGAGGCCUGGACACAGACUGUAAAGUGUCCAGACCGGAGUAUGGCCGUGGCUGGCAGCCCUCAGGGGCGGAAGUGGGUCCCCUUAGGAGGUGUGAAGAGGAGCUGGCCAUGGGUCAGGGCCAGCUGCCCCAUGUGGCCGUGAGGGAGGGAGAGGCGGCCCUGCGGCGGGAGGAGAUCAGUGUGGACCAGGAGAAGCAGAGGUCAGCCCGGAUGGCCAGGGAGCUGGAAAGCCGAGAGGCAGAGCUGAGACGCCGUGAUGCUUUCUACAAGGAGCAGCUGGGGGGCCUGGAGAGGAAGAACAUGGAGACAUACAGACUGUCUUCACAGCAGUUCCACGAGGCAGCCUCAAAAGUGGAGGGCACGAUCAAGCCCCGCAGGCUGGAGCCCGUGUUCGGGCUGCAGGACCAGAUCCUCCGCUGCUACCGCGACCACCUGCAGGAGGUGCUGCUGUGCUCGGACCUGGUCAAGGCUUACCAACACUGUGUGAGCGCUGCCCACAAGGUCUCCUGCUGGGUCGACACCACAAAGAUGCCCAUGGGCCCAGGUGGGCCCAAGGGGACGUUUGUACAGCUGCACUCCUACCAGCCAUGCCUGCCGACAGUCAAGUUCCAGUGCUUGGCCCGUGAUCCAGUCCAUUUUGUGAGCAUUCUGGGAGUUUUCCUGGACUUGUUGGGCAAGAAGCACCUGGAGCUGCCGAGGCCACGAGGCACAGAGGCCAAUGUGGCCAUGAACUGA